GUUCCCGCUCCGGCCUUUGACGGUCGCGUCGCGGCCGCUCGCUCAGUCAUCGCUCGGCGUUGUAGGCGAUGCCGGCGCGCCAUAGAUGAGCGGAUCGCGCGCGCGCGCGCGCGCGCGCCACUCUCUCUCUCUCUCUCUCCUUCUUUCUCUUUCUUUCUCGCAUGAGCGCGGGCUUCUCGAGGCCAGCCGCGAGUUCUCCGUCCGCGCCACGUUCGUCGGAUGAUCCGGAUUCGCAACGACGAGUUUUGGCUUCCGUUUGACGCUCGCCAAACGCGUAUCUGGUCCGUUGAUUUCGAGGCGACCACGAAUGCGUUUGGAUCAUGCGAUGCCGCCUCACGGCGGCAAGUGCACGCGUGUCAGCAAAGUGGCCACCAAGGGGCGCCAAGUACGCGUUCAUCAGCAUCAUCACGUCUCUUCGGAUUUCGUGGAAACCGACGGCGAGGGAACGACUGCGACUACAGCUACGACUACGACAAUGGCGAUGACGACGACGACAACGACAACGACGACGACGACGACGGAGACGGAAACGGAGAUGGUCACAACGAUUAUGACGACGGUGACGUCAUCAAGCGGAACGACGGCAGUCGCGACAACGAGAAUGGACAAGCCCGCGGUAACGACGGCGUGCAACGACGAGGGUCGAUCGCAAUGGACCGGGCGCAUGCGCCAGUCCCUGGAGAGCAGCUCCGAGCCAGCCCGUGAAAACGGUGCCCCGGUGCAUCGUCAUCCGGAAAGGCAACGACGACGGGAGAAACACGCCGCCGUCGUGGGGAGGAAGCAUCGAUCAACGACGAAAAAUCCCACCGAGAAGGCCAACCCUGCCGGCGCCUCAUGCUCCUCGACGACAUCGCUGUCGUCGCCGCCGGCGCUUUCCUCGCCGUCUUCUUCUUGCGCGUCCUCGCGCCGCUCGACUUCUCCGCCGUCGAGCAGCACCUCGUCGUCGCCAGUGCGCUCCUCCACCUCGUCGUCGGUCACGAGCGAUCCUCUAGUAGCGAUCAAGCCAGUGCAGGCCAGAAGCGGACGAAGAAGUCAGACUCCCGAUUACAGCGACGACGGCGGGAUUGGGAAGAGAAGGCAGAACACCACCGCGGGAACAAGACGCGUAGGCAACGACGCGGGUGUUGGGACAGCGAUUCAUGGAGCAGCAGUGGCUACGACGAUCACGACGACGACGACGACGACGACGACUGUGUCUUCCUCGUCGCCAUUCCCCUCCCCCGUGUCGACAUCUUCCGCGUCUUGCCGGACGGUGACGACGCCGCGCGACCACGGUGGUGAUCAUGGCGUCACGCACGUUUCAUCCUCUUCGUCCGCCCUCGAUAGGCUGAGAAGUGCCCUGGAGAACUACGAUCGUAGUCGAAUCUACCUCGCCCACGUUUGUUAUCUGGAUUGGCGAGAUCUGCCAGGUAAACGGCGUGGCGGCACCAGUGACGGUAGCUGUGGUAGUGGUGGUGGUGGUGGUGGUGGUGGUGCCGGUGGCGGUGGCGGCAGCGUUCGCGACGCGGCGCGAAGCAGCGAACGGGUGUGGGUGGUGGGGGCGGCGGAUCACGAGGGCCACCACCGGACACGAUUGUUGGUAGCCGGCCGCCACUGGCGACCACGUUGUCUACGCAGGGUCAACAUGCUGAGCCAACCGGUGGUGUACGCCGGGGGCGGCAGGGGUUUCUUGACUGCCGAUCUCUUUCUGUGGUGGUUUCACCGCGAAUUCGCUGUCACGGCGAUGGCGAUGCAUCCGGACGGCGCGGUGCUGGUAGCCGAAAGUGCCGAUUAUCUGCCACCGGAAAGUGACUGCGUCGCCGCGGACGGUCUCGUGCGGCUGUUCGUUGUACCCAAGGACUGCAUGGAAACGCGUCUGGUGGUCCGAGAGUUGCGAGUGCGCCUGGCCACCGGUAUAUUAUCGAGAGCAUGCUGUGCCGUUUACCGCGAUAAAUUCCCAUCGAUUUUAGGUUUGCCCGAGGAAGAGGGCGAUCAUCGAUCAUUGGACGCGUACCUAAAAAGAUUCACGCUAAAAGAAGCAUUCGCGGACCUACAUCGCGCCUGGCUCAGCGUUCGAUCGGAGACUUUCGCUCGCAGCUGGACGUUACCACGCGAUCGCGAGGAUCAUUCGUUGGCGGGAUGCAACGGUGCCAUGUUACCGCCCAGAAUUCAUCAGGCGGUGGACCAGGAGGAGGAUAGAAUGCUGUUUGUUCAACUACAGAGUCUCUCCAGGGAAGUCGGACUAGAGGUCACUGACGACGAACUCGGCAGUUGGGUCCUCGAUGAGGAGAGCGCGUUGGCGCGUCUCGUUAGAAAGAGAGAACCGGACGAAGAGCACAACCGGGUGAAAAUCGAAGUAGAGCCGGAUAAGUGGUCGGAUCGCAAUGGCGAUGAAGACGAAGACGGGAAUGACGGCAUCGAAGAGGAGGAUGGCGAGGACGAGCCCACCGCCGAGGAGGCUAUUGGACUCCUCUCGAGAGUACUGACCUGGAUGGAAAGAGAACCACUCGAUCCAGGACUUCUACUGGCGGUCAGAUCGAUGCGCGAUACCGCCGCACUUAUGGCGAGCAAGAUGGGCCUAGCGGGAACGCAUCCAAGUGGACUGCCCUUCUUUUGCCCGAACGGGGAUCACCUGACGCAACCACCUCCCGCCCAUAUGGGUAUACCGCCCUAUGGCGCAUUGGACGCGGGUAAGGCGGCCGCUGCGGCUGGUCUCACCAGAGCACCAAUGUAUCCCUUCUCAACGGGCCAGUAUGCAUACCCCAUGCUUAGUCCGGAAAUGACGCAAGUCGCUUCUUGGCAUACACCGAGCAUGUACCCCAUCUCGCCGGCGAAUGCCGGCUUUCGAAGUCCAUAUCCCACGAGUUUACCCAUCACAAGUUCUAGUUUACCAAGUGAUCUCUACCGGUUUUCACCAACGGGCCUUAUGCCUCCGCAUCCUGGCCUGAGUCCGCACGCACACGCAUUAGCGUCACACGCGUUGGUAUCCUCGGCGCCAAAGGCGGAUCACUCCACUUUGGAUCACAAUCACAGGUCAACGAUAGAACAGAAAAACUCCACUUCGUUACCUACGGACAAUUCGAAAGCUCAGGACACGGGGCAGCAAAACAAUCAAGAUAAAAAGAAACCCCAUAUAAAAAAGCCUUUGAAUGCGUUUAUGCUGUAUAUGAAGGAGAUGAGGGCGAAGGUUGUGGCAGAAUGUACCUUAAAAGAGAGCGCCGCGAUCAACCAAAUAUUGGGAAGACGAUGGCACGCGCUAGGGCGAGAGGAACAGGCCAAGUAUUAUGAGUUGGCGCGACGGGAGAGACAGUUGCACAUGCAGCUGUACCCUGACUGGUCUUCCCGCGCAAAUACCAACCGAACUAAGAAGAGGAAGCGCAAACAAGACACAAACAGUGAUCCUGGAGGUAAUAAUAUGAAGAAAUGCCGCGCCAGGUACGGAUUAGAUCAGCAGAGUCAGUGGUGCAAACCCUGCAGACGUAAGAAGAAAUGUGUCAGAUACAUGGGGGAGGGAGGAGACGGCGACGGUGAAGCUGACGGUGAAGCAGAGGAUGAUCAUUCGGAGGACAAUCUGGGUAGCGUAGGAGAGGCGGGGACUCCCGAGGACGAUGAGUCUCUGAGUAGUCCCGGAGGCCUAUCCGCGUUGUCCAGUCUGGCGAGCCCUUCGUUGGUCUUACCAUCGCCCUCGAGCCUGGCCAGUCCGUGCCCGUGCCCGUUGACGCCUCCGGUGCCGCCUCCGCCGCCUCUGUCGAGCACGACGAACCAUCACCAACAGCAGCAGCAGCAGCAGCAGCCGGUGGCGGCGACGACAACGACGACGACGACGACGACGGUGGCAGCGGCGGCGGCGGCGGCGGCAGCGGCGGCGAUGGCGAUGGCGGGAUCGGCGGCAGCGCAGCAACAGCAACAGCAGCCGCAACCACCUCCGCAACCUCACCGCAACCCCGUCGGCACGAAUCCUCAUGACAUUAACAACCCGCUCAGCGUGAACCAGCUGACCGGACAGUGUAUAAAGAGCGAGCCCGCACCUUCGGGCCCCUCCAACCCGGCGAUCAGUGUUACGUAGCCCCGGCCGGACCCACGUGACCGAACUGUUGCUACACGCGGUGUCAUCUAUAGGGUCCGUCUACGUAUGCACGCGAUAACAAGACUGGAUGACGAGGAACCGACGGCGACGACGGAGAUGAUGGCAGAGAAACGAAAACGAGAGACUUGGAUGAGAGAGUGAGAGAACGAGAAUCUCCCUUCCCUUUCAUCUUGCGCUUUUUUCCUCUCGCAGUUUCGAUUAUCUGAUUGGGAGAUCGCCAGCAGGUAAAGAGGUGCGAGGAGAGUAUAGUAUUUUCGAGAAAUAUGCCUGAAAAUAAUUCGUGUGAUCACUUGCGAUUGAGCAUUGAUCACGCUUCGUUGUGGAGUCGGAUAUAAUCUACAAUCUAAACGGUAUUAUCGACGAUUCGGAUUUGGCGCUCGCGAAAUCAUUGUGCGAGUCGUCGCAUCUCCAUUGUGUGCGUGUGCGUGUACGUGUGCAUGUGCGUGUGUAUGUGUAUGGGGUGGAUUUAUGGCGUCGCCUUCGAUCGUUCUCUCCUGGCCUCGUUCUUGUCCAUUCGCCGAAAUAGAAAUCAUCCAGUGUCCAAAGUUGGGAAUAAUGAUCAAGACGUUAUAUACGUAUUAACGAAAGAACAGACAGAUAUAAAUACUAUGUGCAGAAAUACUCAGGACCAAGUAUUUGGUUGUAGUCACCCGCCCGGCAAAAAGACAAAUGUAAUGCGUGAGAGAGAAUAUAUGUGCAUGUAUGCUUGCGAAGCUGGGGAAGAGCAAGGUGCACGUCUGAUAAUAAUGCGACUGAAAAAGCAAGCUCAUUGAAGGUGCGCGUGACGCAGCUUGUAGUCCUUGUUACGUUGUGAUGCCAAUGACUGAGAGUCAUGUUCCUGUGCCAGCUACUAUACUCUAGGAAAGUAAUUAUAUUGCGGACAAGUAUAACUAGAAGCGUAAAGCGCGGAGGAGAGCCGCAAGAAAGAAGUAGCGCGCGCGCGCGCGCGCGAUGCGUUUUUCGUCAUUUGUUUAUUCGACCUCACCUCACACAUCAAGUGUGUCAAGAUACCUAGCUUCUAUGUAUAUGCAAUUUGUUAUUUUUUUAAAAGUCUAUACACACACGGUGCGGUUGAUUAGCGUGUAAGAUCCUUAUUACUAAUUCUCUCCCGUUAACUUUCUACUUUAAUAUCUUUUCUUCCUCUUCCCCUGCUCUUUUACUUUUCUUCUUUCAUUCUUAAUAAUAUUACCAUUCAUAAAUGUCAUUAUGAUUGCAAAACGAUUAAAAAAAAAUGUUUUUUGUAAAAUUUGUCAAACAAACCUUUCCAUUUGUCGAAUAUAAUAUGCUUAACGUAAAUAUUAAGUAUCAAUAUAUUGAUAUAUAUUUAUGUUAACUGCGUAUUAAUAUUAAUAAUACGUGUUUUUAUUGUCGCUGUCACAACAUCGAUUUAACAUCGUUUUCAUCUUUUGAUUUUUUCUUCGAAUCGAAUACCAAUGUCGAUUGUUGAACGACAAAUUUACAUUUUUGAUUGGACAAAGACAAUAACCGCGAUAAAAAAAAGAAUUAAAGGAAAAAGAUAUCUGAAAUCUCAAAAGACGCAACCAUCUAUGAAAAGAUCGGAAUAAGCUGCAUUAUUUGUGUGAGCAGUGUCAAAAACGGUGUUUCUGGAGAAUUAUAUUUUGUAAUAUAAUUUUCUCCCCUAUAUUCCUAUUCCUAGAAAUAUUUUCUGCUCUUCUUUUCACUCUUACGUACUAAUGUGACGUGAGCGUUCGAUGAGCGUGUAGCAAUGUCCGAUGCGACUUAAGGGUUAGCCAAUUUAUAAUCCAUAUGUGUGCGCAUCAGAGAAAUAAGUUUCUCUCUCGAAUCGUGAAGUAGAAAGAAAAUUUGUAUCGUUGGAACAAUCGCUCAAUGAAUGACGUUUGGAAAAAUUUUAAGAAAAAGAUUUUAUGAUACCUUAUGUAAAACAAUAUUAGAUUUUACUAACGUUUUAUUUUUCUCUUUUCCCGUUAUUAACGGAGUUUAGCAUGUGGUUUCAAAUUAGAAUAGUGCAGGUUUUUGUUUCUAGAUGCAAAGUGACAAGUUACAAAUAAUUUUAUUGGCAACUCUACGUUUUUUCUUAUGUUUUAUUAUAUAUAUAUAUAUAUGUAUUGUUUAUCAUAUCGGUGUAACGUGCAAAUGUAAAACGUACUAUUUGAACAUUUAAUACAAAAUGAUGUGAAAUGACGAAUAUCCAUCAUUGUUUCACGCAUUUCUGUGUUGAAAAAAUCUAAUGCAGUCAGUAGCUUCUUUUCUUGUGAAUGGAAUAGAGUCUUGUUAGUCGUAUGGUAUGGUUCGUAAAUAAUGAGUCGCAAUCUUGUAAAAGAAUAAUUGUUUUUUGUCUUAUUUUAUUAAAAUUUUUAACGUUGCUAAAUUAAAAAAUUUUUCUUUUAUCGAUUCGAUGUUUUACAUUUUUACGAUAAGAGAUUUACACAGUACGUUUGUGAAAAAGCUAAAAUCACGUAUGCGCAAUUUUAAGCAAGUACAGAAUUGCGAUGAGAAUUGUCAAUAACUGAUCUCGUUCCGUUAUGUGACAUUUUGAUGCAAUCUUUUUUUUCUUUUUUUUAUCAUCUAACAUAAAACCGGAAAGGAAUGCGAUAGGGGGUCCUUUAUAUAACGAUUGUUCUGCAAGAGUUUAUUCAGAGAGCAGUUUUUUCUCUUUUGUAUAUAAAAUAAAUACGUUUUAUAAAAUGCAUUUGUUGCGGCGCAUGGGAAAGUGCAAUGGAAGUAUCAAUGAAAGAACGAUAGACAGACAGAGAGAGAGAGAGAGAGAGAGAGAGAGAGAGAGAGAGAGAGAGAGUAUGUGUGUAUAUGUGUGAGAUUGAGCGCAUUCGUGCGCUACAAAACGUAAAGUAGACGUUGCACGAGGAUACGCGCGAACGUCUAUGACAAUAUCUUUUCCCUUCUCUCCCUUCCGCAAUGUGUUCCUCCCUCUUUUCUCAAUUUAUACUCUUGUUUUUUUUUUAUUAUUAUUUCAUCGACUGAAAUGAUCCGAUGUCUGUAUGUACAGCAAGAGCCGCUGUAGAAACGCAUCGCCGAGUAUAGCAGCGAACUAAACGUGCCAUAACAACGUCAUGCCAAUAUUACCGCGAUAAUACAUAUUGUUUUUUGACAUUAUAUUCCAUUCAACCUAGUUCCGUCGGCCGUGGAGCAUGGGCCAUCGAUGCGAAUUUGCUCUUUUUCUCUCUCCUUCCAUUGCCCUUCCAUCACUCGAGCCGACGUUCUCUCUCCCUUCCUUCCCGCCUUCUUCGUUUGUCGAUCGAACUCGUUAAACAGACUGAAAACGGCAUUUAGUAGAAACCUUUUCGCGAGUCAAUUUGCUUCAUCGAACGAUCUGUAUAUUAUACAAUCGAAAUGUAGACUCUCGUGCGUACAAGGACGUUCGAUCGAAGAAUCGAAGUACCUAUUUAUCGAAUAAGUACGGGGCAAGGACAACCAGCAACGUUUCACGAGAGACGAGUGCGCGAAGGAAAAGAGGAGACGGCGAGCGGUGAUAGAGACGUAGCAAAACGAUGGCGAAAAUAAGACGAGUGCGAAAUUGCUUGAGUAAUGUACGCGAUUGUAAGAGUAACGCGCGAAUGAGACCGAUGAACAAUGAUAUGCUACGAGGGAAAAAGAAGCGGUACUUGUCCCGCGAGGAAAGAAAAUAUUGUGGUGCUAAUCUCAAGCACGCUCACUGUCUCCCUUUUCGUUCUGUUAGGAACGACGAGGCGAUGUCACCUAGGAUUUGCGGUGACGGAUCGCUCGCGGUUCGACGUUACCGGGUAUGGAAAGAGAAAUGUACCCCUGGGACACGGAAUGCGAUUUUCGGUAUGCGAGCAAACUCGCUCGAUACGGCCUAUAGUCUACUCGAGAAGAGAGGGUAUCGAGAUUUGCUCGCGAGUCGCAGAUGACGCAGAUGACCCCUUUCCACCGAAAGUGACGAGGGUGACCAAGCUCGUGCCGAUCGAGACGGGUUCGGAGCUCGUGUCUCGCUUCAAAGGAGUGAUUGUAUCAUAUUGUAAAGUAUCAAUCGACAGUUCUCAGCUGCGUUGUACAGUGUUUUCUAAGUAUCUAGGCUGAUAGCGCGCGUGUAAUUGAGGAAAAGGAACAUUGUAUUUACAUUAAUAAGCGAUCUGUAUCAUUCAUUCUCGUAUAGCCUGUACUCCUACUCAUGUAGAUGCUAAAAGUGAUUUGUGUCAUAAAGAAAACCUAUAAAUAAAAUUAGCACUUUGAGAACGU